UUGCCGUUCACUUUCUGACAACGUCAUUCACAAUGGCAGCUUCAGUAGCUACUGAAACCAAAAUUGUGGUAGUUGGAGGUGGGCCUGUGGGUAUGACGGUCGCUCACGCCCUUACCAAGGCCGGCAUCGACUUCGUCCUGCUAGAGAGCCGACCCUCGAUCGUCAUGGCCGCUGGCGCCAGCUUGGUCAUGUCCCCAAUAGGUCUCCGAGCACUGAGCCAAUUCGGCGUCCUGCCAGCCAUCGAGAAGGUCAGCUCCCCGUUAUCCAUAGUCAAGCGAUUCAACCACCAGGGAAGAAGCAUCGGAGACGCCAAACUCUUCUCCUAUCUCCAUGAGAACCAUGGAUGUGCAUCACGUGUCAUCCCUCGACAGGACCUCAUGCAAGUCCUCUUGGAUGCCCUCCCCGCCGAGGCGCAGUCAAAACUUCUUCCCAGCAAGAAAGUGUCGAGCCUCGAAAAUACCGAUGACGGCGUGAUAGUAGAGUGUACAGACGGUACUUCAUACAAAGGAUCGCUUGUUAUCGGUGCAGACGGAGCUUAUAGUGCGGUACGAAAACACAUGGCCAUCAUGGGCAGUGAGAAGGAAACGCACGACGGCGAGCAGCAGCAACAGCAACAGCAACAAGACAAAGAUCUGUCCUACCUUACUACAUACCGCUGCUUCUGGAUGCGUUUCCCGAGGCUCCCGGGCAUCAAUCCGGGCGAUAUGACCGAGGCACACGGCCCGCAAGCAACAACGCAAUACUUCGCCAACGAGGAUUCCGCUGUUGUCGCUGUCUACGAGCGGCUGCCACAGCCCACGAACCGCCCGCCUCGGCGCUACUCGGACGAGGACGAGGCCGCCUUCGUCGCUAAAUGGGGCCAUCUCCCACUGAACGACAACCCUAACUACCAGAACCGCGAGGGCAUCAAAGUCCUGACUCUGGGCGAGGCCUACUCGCACAACAUCCAGAAGGGGUUCAUAAACCUUGAGGAGGGCGUCGUCGAGAACUGGAGCCGUGGCGGGCGGGUUGUCCUAGUCGGUGACGCUGCACACAAAUUCACGCCUUCCACGGGCGCGGGCUGCAACAAUGGCAUCGUAGAUGUUGUCGUUCUGGUCAACAAACUACACAAGCUCUUCUCUUCGGCCUCGGUCGGUACUCCUACCAGUGACGGCAGCAUUGUCACCACAUCAAAUAUCCCCGAGAGUGACCUGGCUGCUGCUUUCCGCGAGUAUCAGAACGCUCGGUUCGAUACCGUGACGCUUGGCUGCAAUCUUUCCUCGCGCGCCACCAACAAUGCAAGCUGGGGCACGCCAUUAGCUAAGUUUAUAGAUCUGUACGUGCUCUCUGUUGAUGUCGUGCUGAGGCUUUUCUUGCACUGGGCUGCAAGCAAAACAGUGUUGACGCCCGUGUUCGACUUCAUUGCCGGCGAGGAAACUGUGCGGGGGAAGUAUCCGUGGGUGCACAAGAUACCGCAGGCGCAAAAGAUGGAUUGA